CAUUUAGAUCAGUGAAACAGAAAUACAAAAGUAGUGUUCUAAAAUAUUUUUCAAAAUAGUCGUACAAAUUAAAUAAUUUAAAUAAAUGUGUAUCCCAAAAUAAAUAAAUAAUAAAUCGAAAAAAAAAAUCAAACUACUCACCGAUUUUAUGAGCACAACAACAAAGUAUUGGUAGCAACAUGUCUAUGCUCUUGCAGAAAUUCAAAGUAUUAAUAACCAAGUAUCCAAUAGUGAGGGGUAUGGUUUCCUACAGUCUUAUAUGGCCAACGAGCAGUUUAAUACAACAAACAUUUGAGGGAAAGCGAUGGGGAAACUACGAUUGGUGGCGUGUUCUACGAUUUAGUCUUUAUGGUGGAUUUUUUGUAGCGCCCACAAUAUACGGCUGGUUUAAGAUUUCUUCGGCUAUGUGGCCACAAACAUCCUUGAAAACAGCUGUAAUGAAGGCUGCUACUGAGACGAUAUCGUACACACCUGCUGCCAUGGUGUGCUUUUACUUCUUCAUGAGCUUGUUGGAAUUGAAGACAGUAGAGGAGGCUGCAGCUGAAGUAAGCAAAAAGUUUCUGCCUACCUAUAAGAUUGGUGCAUCAAUAUGGCCGAUUGUGGCUACAAUCAAUUUCUCUGUAAUACCAGAACGUAAUCGUGUUCCUUUCAUUAGUGUAUGUAGUUUAUUGUGGACAUGUUUUUUGGCUUAUAUGAAACAUUUAGAACAUCAUCAAAUUGAUGAUGAAAGUAAUUAUUCGCUAGUGAAGAAAAUGGAAGAAGAAAGUUAAUGAAAAUCUCACUAUAGUUUUGUU